UUUUAAGGGCUAUGUUACGACCAUUUUUUUCUUCUCCUUCCUUUCGAGUCUUGAUCCGGUCACGUUAGGGUUUUGAUAGUUGAAAUCUGCACUUCGUUUUCCAAUCGAAGAUUUAUCCAUUCCAUUGAUUCCGAUGGCAGACGAAUCCAUCAAAACCGCGUUCGUUGAAAUUCAAGGUCGCAUGAUAGAAACUACAAGGAAACUGAAGCAGGUGCAAAACCAAAUACGUUCCAAAGAAACAGAAAAGAAGCGUGCUUUUUUGACAAUGGAGGAGCUGAAGCAGGUUCCUGACGAUACUAAUGUUUACAAAUCUAUUGGGAAAACGUUUGUAUUGGAGACGAAGGCAACGCUAAUGAAUGAACAGGAGAACAAGUUUAAGGAUAGUGAAGCUUCAAUUACCUCAUUACAAAGCUCAAGAGAAUACUUGGAGAAGCAGAUUUCAGAGGUGGAAAACAAUUUGAGAGAGCUGUUACAACAAGAUCCUGGUCUUGCUCGUCAAAUUAUGUCGAUGAAUGUGUAAAUUGACUGGCAGUGGAGGAUUUUCAAGUGCAUUUGCGCGAAUAGAAGAAUUUAAUAUGUGAAACUGUGAGGAUAUCUAUUGCUUCCUUCAUGCCUUCAUGGAUGGUUUUCAAUCCUUCUUGAAAUGUUGUCUUCAUAGGUUUGGUUGUAAUUUAUCUUAACUCAGAAUAAUAGAUGGUCGUGUUUUUGGUACAUGUUAGGGUAUUCUUAAUAGCUGUAUGCCAUGUACUUAUGGAGAUAAUUUCUAAACAUCCAAUGUUUGGAAUCACAAUCAAUCUGAUAAAACUAGUAGUGCUGUGAUCUUGUUGAAGCUCCAAAGUUUAAUUUUUUCCAAAAUCAAGUGACACAUCGUGACUCUGUCAACCU